CAGUUCACCACAAUUGCAGACCAGACAGAGAAGUGGUACUCAACUCAAUACACACAACAAGACAUUCCUCCGGAAAAGAUCCAGAAGUGGCUAAACAUUGGAUUCAAUGACAACUUAGCACUUCCCCCGAAGAAUGACUUCAUUCCCUAUGAUUUCACUCUCAAGCAAAUCCACGAUAACGAGCUAUUAAAGACAGCUAAUGAUAUUACAGUCAGCGAUGUAUCAGCACUGGUAGUCCAACUGCUGUCCCGUCUCCAUAUCGAGGCCUUAAUCCACGGAAACAUCGACUCGAGUGAAGCCAUAGAUGUUUGCGAUUUGUUUGAGACGCGAUUCAAGUCAGCCCUUAAUACCAAACCCAUACCACUGUCGCAACACUUCCGCAAUCGUGUCGUCCAAUUGCCCGACGGAUCCGACCAUUACUUUGAGGCCACGAAUGGCAUCCAUAAGACAAAUGCAAUUCAACUCUACUUUCAAAUCGGAGUCUCAGAUACCAUACUAAACGCAAAAAUAGGACUAUUGCAGCAAAUACUGAGUGAACCGUUUUUUGACAAUUUAAGGACUAAACUACAGUUGGGUUAUACCGUGAGGGCUUCCUAUUGGAUAAGUUAUAGUGUUCGGGGCAUGACUUUCACCAUUGUAUCCGAUUAUAAACCCAAUGAACUGAAUGAGAGAAUCGAGGCUUUCAUACAAUGGGUUCACAAAUAUAUUGAAGACAUGAGUGAUAAGGACUUUGAGACACAGAAACAGUCAGUCAUUACACGAAGACUCGAGAAACCGAAACAACUCUCAGAAUAUUCUCAGAGACUUUGGUCUGAGAUCUCGAGCAAAGAGUAUGACUUCAAUGAGGAUGAGAUUGAAGUGAAAGCCAUCAAAGAGUUGACAAAACAGGAUAUCAUUGCCUUCUUUGAGAGACAUCUCUCCCACACUUCAACCAAUCGUAAGAAACUGAUGGUCAGUAUAAUCAGUGAAAACCCAAUCAAUGAAAAGCAUUUGAAUGAAGUGAAUGAGGAUCUAAUGCCGGCCCCAAAACUGCCGGAAUCCAUAAGAAUUGAAAACAUAACACAAUUUAAGACACAUUUGGGUCUCUAUUCUGUACGCAAACCUGUGCUCGAUGUCAACGCUAUUGUCUAAACCUGGAUAUAUUUAGUUAUGAAUUAUUUUAUUUAAUAUAGAAUUAACUAUUUUAUAGUAUAUUAGUUGUUUAUUCUAUGUAAAUGAAUCCAUUAACAAAGUAUUUAAUAUCAGU